GUUGGGCAUCAGUCUAUGAAUCCGGAAGGAUCAAAAUGAAAAAAAGGUGUUCGCUUUGCCCAGUAUUCAGUGGUAUUAGCGCAACGCAACAUGGCCAGAAGUUACUACAUGACCAUGAUGACUGUAGUGUAGUAGUCUGAGUAAUCAUGCUACUAGUAUCUAAAUGCGCUCAGUGUUCAAUCUUGACUCUUGAGCAGGCGUAAACCUUCUUUUUGUGAGGUCUUGGUCACCGUUGCAACCGCGUUAGCAGUUACUAGUAUUUUUACUUCUGCACUGCACUGCGUUCCAAAGUUGAUAGCAGCUAGCAGGUGUAUUCGCCGGCAACUGAAAGUCUGCAUCGAUCUAAACUUAGUUUACUACAUGUACUAAUAAUACUAUAAGGUUUCCCUGGCCGGCGGCAUGCAGCCGCUUGUCCAAUAAUUGCGGCAACCCUGCACAGUCUGUGUGUGACUCUGAUCAAUGGACAAGAGAAACACGUGUAGUCGUGCUGCUCGCCGCGCUUCGUCCGUCCCUAACGCAGCAGCUGCUGCUGGGUCAGGAGAUGCAGCCUGACGCGACCUAGCCCGCUGAACAACUGUUUCAGAAUCAAGGGGACGGCAUAUUGUCAGUUGAAGUCCAUAAUUGGAGACUAACAUCAUGGCAACUGUCCCGCUGCUCAGUGAUAUUGUCAUCACGAAUCAGUUGCUGGGACGUGGUAGGUUUACGACAGUUCAUAAGGCCAAGCAGCAGGGUGUAGAUGUUGCAGCUAAGGUCUACAACUUUGCCAGUGCAAGCCAGCCCAGUGAACACCUCUCCAGGCUGCUCUGCUCUCAGUUGGCUCAAGUCGUUGAGUUGUGUCAUCCACACCUUGUUGCCAUUAUUGGUGUGUACCAGGCUCAGUUCAACCAGCCCAUGAUAAUCUCACCCAUCAUGGAGCUAGGCAGUGUCCACUCGCGCAUCCUGGCCAACAAUUUACCCAAGCUGUCUUUUCGAGAUGCACUGGACAUUGUGUUGGGAGUGCUGCGUGGGCUCCGGUUUCUACAUGAGCAACGCUGUGCUAUUGUUCACUCCCGCCUCUCUGAUUACAAUGUAUUACUGCAAGGCGAUGGUUGCGCUAAGAUCUCUGACUACGGCAUGGCCUCUUUCUUGGCCAAGGCAUUCCCAGACCGUGAUCUUCACUGUGGAGACAUAGUGGCCUUUCUUCCACCAGAGGUGAUAACAAAAGGACAUGCACCCACUGUCAAAGCCGAUGUCUUUGCCGUAGGCGUUCUGCUUAUGGAAUGUGUUCUUGGUAGCGUGCCAGCCGCUGGGGAGAACCUGGACAACCAGACGGCUACAAGACGAAGAAUGGCUGACUUGCAUCGACUUCACAGCUGUGGGGUGAAGGGCAGUGGUCUUCCUGGACUGGUACAGCACUGCUUCGAGCCUCAACCCACCAAGCGACCAAGCUGUAUGCAAUUAGAAGCAGAUAUCCAAGCUAUGUGUGCAUCCACGGACUACAUGUGGAGUGAAGAGCGCUUGCUGAAGAGAACUGAUGAGGUCUCGUCCGACUAUGCUGUUCCUCGUCAGAAUGCGCCGAUUGCUCUAUUAACGAAAGCGGAACGCAAGAGCAACCAGUGGGCUGAGUUUGAGCAGUUGUCACCAACAAGUUCAGCGGGAAGAAAUGACCUACACUCAUCCACCCUGGAUGAACUGAAUAGUCUGAGCAAUCAGAUGUCCCCAAACACGGGUGCAGCAGCAGACAGAAAACCUCAGUCUCCAUCAAGCGUGCAGUCAACUUCUAGCAAUAGCCAACAUGCUGAUUUGGAUUCUGUGUCAGCUGCAAUCCAGUAUUCCAUGUCCCAAGGUGGUUGUGUUCUAGACGGGGGCAGUGAUAGCAGUAUGCCUCACUAUGCUGAGAUCCCUUCAGAGUUAGUUAAAGCAGCUGGCCACGCACCACGGUCUGUACGCAACUCUCCUUUAGACACUGCAGCAUCCACACCAGCAACAGCAACAACAACGAGCACAGGACACACAGGUGACGGUACUCGAGCAUCUGCUACUGCAUCCCUGUACGUCAACAGCACUAGGUCAAGUGACGUAGAGGACCCUUACUCGUACAAUCAGCUGUUACCUGGAGGAGGCACGCCCACUGUUCCACAUGAAGGAAGCACAGCCACUGUUCCACGUGGAGGAAGCACAGCCACUGUUCCACAUGGAGGAAGCACAGCCACUGUUCCACAUGGAGGAAGCACACCUACUGUUCCACAUGGAGGUGAUCAGCCUGGAAGUGCUGAUCACUACAGUUCACCAUCCUCACUGGCUGUCUCACUGGCUGUUGAUAACAAUCACUUGAUCAGUUCCGGUGACUGUUUGCCGCCGGAAGCUUCGGCACGCUCUUCCAAAGAGUCUUCUACGGGAUCAUUCUCAGCACGCAGCAGCAGCAGCAGCUAUCAUGCACCUAACCUGCUGACCAGCAGCAGCAGCAGCAGCAGCAGCAGCAAUCAUGCGGCGGCGGCUAACCCCCCGCUAACCAGCAGCAUGCAUUCUCCCAGUCCAACUGAAAGUCACUACAAUGUUCCAUCAGCCGCACCAGUGACUGCGACCAGUAGCAGUGGCUACAUGAAUGUGCCGGCAUCAUCAGUUCAGGUGGUUUCCAUGGCAGUCGAUGCGGCAACACACUAUCACACACCAGUACCAUUGAUCACCUGUGCAGCAGCUGGUAGCAGCACACAGCAAACACACCAACAAGAUACCAGCAGCACUGUCAUUUCUGCUGCUGCUGCUGCUGUGUACAGCACUCCCAGCAGUAGUCUAGUGGUGGACCAUUCCAUUGCAUCGGCAUCAUCACCGCGGCGCAGCACCUCUUCUACGUUUGACUCGCAUAGUGAUAAUGUCCAUAGUGAUAAUGUCCAUCAAUCUGGUGCUGCAGCGCCAUCUGACGUCCUUCCUCCCAAAUUGCCACCAAAAACCCGCUCAGCAGCAGCCGCAGCGCAGGCAUCAGCACAAAGCUCUGGAUUGACGCCAAAUACUCAGCACAUUCCAUCAAGUGAGUGCUCACCUUCUCCCUUACUUCCGCAUACGGAGGAGGCGUGUUCUACAGCUACAAAACCACCACUACCACCACUACCACUACCAUUACCAGCUCCAACCCCAUCAUCAGCAGCGAUUGCUGCCACUAACACAAGUCCAAGCAAUGUGGACAGCAUAUCCAGUUCCUCAAGCUAUGCCAAUGCUCCCAGUCAGAAGAAGCUAACGGUUGGUGAAAACUAUUUCAAUGUACCAUUGACAACAGCACACCAUGCCCUACCUUCACCAAACGUGUUAACAGCCUUGCACUCACACCAAGACUAUGCUAAAACAUCUUUUUCUGGAGGGUUCACUGUUUCACCAACCUCUGCACAGCCUGUUUCGCCAACAGCUACGCGGCAGCCUGUCUCGCCAACAGCUACGCGGCAGCCUGUCUCGCCAACAGCUACUACGCGGCAGCCUGUCUCCAAUGUACCACCACCUAUUCCGCCCACAAUCCGUACAUUACCUGAUUCUUCCGGCAAGGGCAAGCGUCAGGAGACGCAGCCUGUUUUGCCAUCCACACCUCCUACCACACCACCUGAUCCCUUUUCACUGCCGGAUCCCUUCGGCAAUGACCAGCUUGAUUUCCCCGAUCCUCCCACAACUGGCAAUGAGGAUGCCUUCAGCAGUGCCACCUUCCAGCUCGAUCUCCCUGAUCCUCCUACACCUGGUAGUGAUGCCGCCGCCGGUCAUGCACCCCCGCCGCUAUCACCAACUGAUUGGUCAACUGAUUGGUCUGGUUUUAACCACCACCAGCCACAACACCAGCCGGCAUCACCAUCCUCACAAGUGUUUUCUCAGUCUAGGAAUCUAGACAAUAGCAACAAGACUCCCAGUGCUGUAGCAGUGCGGCUUAGCAGCACUGAUGACAACGAUUCACCCACUCCAGCUAGGAUAGACUGGACUGCAACCUCUCUACGGGGAACUAAUCCACUGGACGAUACCGCCACCACCAACAACAACACCAACCACACUACCACCACCAGCAACAACACCGCCAUCAGCAGCAGCAUCCUCAUCAGGGGCGUAGAUCAGUCAUCACAUGCGCCACGUAAUAAUCCUGCUGAGUCUAUUGCAGCAGCAUCAACCUCUCGGCCACGCAGCAGUACACAUUCUGGGUCGCUUUUUCCAAAAGCUAAGCCACGUAGACAAAAGGUGCUUGCCAAUUCUGAGUUAUCUAGAGCUGCAUCAGUUCGCAUGGUGCCUGAAGCAACCAGCAGCAACAAUGACUACAGCGCUGACCCAGUGUCCCCAGCUCUCCGAGCUACACUUGAAGCUGCUGCUGCGGUCGCAGCUAGUAGUAGGCCAAGCCCUGGCCAGGAAAGCAAUGUGGACUGGCAACAACUAGGUACAACAACACAUGGUCGUGCAGCAAGAAGUGCUAGUCUAUGUCACACUCCGCUCCCUACAACCAACCCGCAACCAACUGCUAAUUUGCCCCUGACACUACGUGCACCAGCUCAGACAUCUGAUGAGCAAUUUGGCCAUCUUGUGCUUCACCCUGCUGUUGCUGCUGCUCGUCGCUCUACAGUGACUGGUUCAGUUACCAUAGGCUUGCCCCUAAAUAGCACCACUCCUUCCGACAGUGCCACCAGUAUUAGAACUUCUCCGAUUGCCCAUUCUACACAUCAUCUGCCCCUAGCUACAGGUGACGCAGAUGACGUUGAUGAUGGCGAGUCGUCUGUUGCACGUCACCAGGCCAGUGGCCAGUCUCGACAAUUCUCAGCACGGAGAUCAACAGUCAGCGGUGCUUCCACAGGAUUGCAAUCACACGCUGCCGGUCAGGGAUUCCAUACAAUCCAUCGCUCGUCGGCAAUGACACCUGACACUGAUUGGAACCGUGCGACUGGCAGCCACACGUUGGGUCACCCUGGCUCAAGGCAUGGUUCGACUGGCAGCCACACGUUGGGUCACCCUGGCUCAAGGCAUGGUUCAGCAAGGUCAGCGACACUAGCACCACCUCGCCCAGAACGUCGCAUGUCCAGUAGUGUCACAUCCAUGACUUGGUACUACAAGGGAUUGAGUAGAAUAGAGGCAGAAGAUCUACUUGCACCGAAAUCUGUGGGUACAUUCUUAUUGCGGGAUGGAUCGGCCCAUGGUGGUCUCUUCUCCAUAUCCCUAAGGGUGGCUGACAGGUGCAAACAUUUCCGUAUUGUCCUUGAUGAGCUGGGUCACUAUCGCGUGCCAGGCUGGCCAUUGAGACACCAGAGUAUGUCCGAUCUCUUGAGAUACCACAUGAAACACCCAAUUUCCGAUUGUGCAGAGGACAUCUUGAUCAUUCCAUGUCGCAAACAAUGACAUGGACGAUUGUGCAGAGGACAUCUUGAUCAUUCCAUGUCGCAAACAAUGACAUGGAUGAUUGUGCAGAGGACAUCUUGAUCAUACCAUGUCGCAAACAAUGACAUGGACCACAUGUCGCUCGCUGCGCAAGAUAUCAAUGGGAAGUUGCGGUCUACUUGAUAGUACAUAUCGUAAAGUUGUUGCAUUCCGGUACCUGAUUAUUUUCUCAUUUUCCUAUUUUCACUAACUUCCCUAUUAUAAUAUAUCCCUCAAGAGUAGACCUACAUCAUUUCUCUCCAGUUUUAAAUGAUUCAAUAUCUGAAAUCUUUUAAUAAGAUGAAUUUAUGUUACUUAGUUCACACCAGGAUGCACACAGCCCACCCACUUAUAGAUUCCAUCAUCUGAUGUACCAGUUCAAGCAGGAUCUUGUUAUCUUUCAUGAUCUAUUUACAAUGUACUUUUUUAUGAUACUAAUAGUAGCAGCAUAGAAGACGAGAAGUAUGGAUAGGAAAACAUUAAAAAUGACAGCACACCUCCCUUCUCACAGUCA